ACAAGUCAAGAACUCGAAGUUCUAUUUUCAGGUGCCGAUUGGUUACGUAUUUUGCCACUGUUUGUAACUCCCGCUGGGUAUCUGUCUUGCAGCGAGGGAUCAGAUACAAAUUUGAGAAGAGCUUUCUAAAUGGUUGCUGCUCGGGUUAUCGGAGGAAUCGUAGGAGGCAGCAUAGCGGCCUUCGUGAUCUCCUCGAAAGAUUCAAGAAAGGAGAAAGUAUACGCAUCCUGGACCACAAAUUCAUCACCGUCUGUGCGAUGGGAUUACAACUGGGACAGACGUGAUCCUGCCUGUUGUGCCCGGCCACCAAAAAGUGACGGACCUGACGAACAGAACCGUUAUAAUGAAGACCUGCAGAAAGCAAAGUCAAAGGCGACGAGGCAUAUUUUCCUCAUACGUCAUAGCCAGUACAACCAAAGCGGGGAGUCGGACCAAUACCUCACUCUCACGGAACUCGGUAGGAAGCAAGCCGAUUAUACUGGUCAGCGACUUCAACAUUUGGGCCAUCCUUUCUCCAAGAUCAUCCACUCAACAAUGACACGGGCAGUGGAGACGGCGACGAUCAUCCACAAGCACUUUGAGUCCUUGCCGAUGGAGGCCUGCGAGUUGAUACGUGAAGGAGCCCCCGUUCCACCGGAACCACCAAUUGGAUAUUGGAAGCCGGAAUCCACGUUCUACACCGACGGAGCCCGAAUCGAAGCCGGCUUCCGCAAAUACUUCCACAGGGCUCCUGCAGAACAGGCGCAAGACUCGUACGAAAUAAUCGUAUGUCACGCCAAUGUUAUUCGCUACUGGCUGUGCAGGGUCCUGCAGCUGCCUCCUGAAGCGUGGCUCAGGUUUUCCGUGGCCAACGCUAGCAUCACCAAGGUGUGUCUGCUGCCUUCUGGAAGAGUGACAGUCAGAUCAGUGGGCGACACCGGACACCUUCCCAAAGAAUUGAUCACGAGGUCAUAGAUACAAUGAAUAAAUACUAAUUUUAAACUUUU